AUGUUGACUCCCAUCAGUCUCAACACCACGCCCGUCAAGGCCGAGAGCUCGGCGCACAAGCGCUGUUGCUCGCCCGAUGGCAAGUCGGCCAUCCGGGACGUGGAGAACGCCAGCAAGCUCAAGGCCAUCAAGGAGAACCUCAAGGCGAAGAAGGAGGCCAAAGGCCCCAUUCUCAAGCGCAAGAUGGCCUGCGCCACGUGCAGAAGGCGAAAGCUCCGUUGCGAUGCAGCACGACCGCGUUGCUCGACGUGUGCGCGCUCGCAGGCAUCUGCCGAGGCUGCCGGCCACCCUUCGGCCGUGCCGCCGGGCCCCUGCUCCUACGACUGCGACCAGCACGACGAGCCCGUCCAGAGCCGCUUCUUCGCCAACGGAUCCUUCCACGCCCUCACCUUCCACAGCAACUACCGCGCGCCGAUGAACGGACCCAUGGAGCCGCUCCACCACAUCGAGAACCUCAACGUGCUGCCGCAGUCGAGCCCCUACGGCGUCUGGACCUGGGGCGAGGUGCCGCUGACGCCAUCCAGGCAGCCCAACUACCAGCACUCGGCCUCGGCCAUGUCCACCCCCAUCACGGCCACGCCGACGCGGCCGCCGCCGCUCCUCACCUCGACGCCGAUGCGCAGGAUCAUCAGCCCGGGCCUCACCAUCAACGCCACGCCGAUGCAGGACAACGACGUCUUCUACUCGCCAUCGUCGCAGCCCAUGUGGACGCCGCCGCCGCCGCAGCAGCAGCUCUCGGUCGAGCCCAUGUUUGUCAGCCCCAUGGUCAGCCCGCUCGUCGCCAACUUUUCCGAGGCCAUGUACGCCACCUCGUCGUCGUCGUCGGCCGCAUCGACGCCCUCGCUCAUGUCGGCCCGGCACGUGCGGUCGCCCUUCCCCAUGAUGCAGGACCUCGGCACGCCGGCCAGCCUGGCACCCUCGACGCCGUGCUCCGAGACGUUCGACACCAACUUCCUCGGCCCGCCCAUCAUGCCCACCCGCAUGCUCAGCCCGCAGGAGCAGCAGCUCAAGUGCACCAACUUCCUCGAGUCGCUCGAGCCGAUGCCGUGCGACCUGUUCGACUUCAACAACGGCAGCAACGGCAUGUCCGCCGCGCCCCAAGAGUCGUUUGCCCUCCUCGGACACAACCAGCUCGGCCUCGUCGACGGCCCCGUCGAGUCCAAGCUGCAGGAGCCCUUCACCAGCCUCCAGCUCGGCCUGCCCGACCUGCCCAGCUUCCAGCUCGACGCGGCGACGUCGACCAUGGCGACGCCCUCGUCGCUCUCGGGCGCCAUGCCCUUUGACAUGGCACCGCCCGGCGCGAUGCCCGUCAACACCACCGAGUGGGCCUUCUGA